CUGAGAUUGGAAUGAUCGUCUUCGUUCGAAGAACUUCGCUGUAUAUUCUAAUAGCAAAAUUCAAGGUAGCUCAUCAGUUUUCCUAUGUUUGACAGUAGGCAAGAAGUUCGCUGGAUUUACAUGAUAUCCACACAAUCUUCCCCUUUGCUUCGAACAGAAAAGAUUAGCCUUUUGAAAACAACUCCAUGAAGAGCCUUGCCCAAAUCGUUCUGCUUAUCGCUGUUGCUGGACCCGUCAGCAGCUUUACGGUGAACCCCUUAGUCAAAACAAUUAGUAGGCCUGCUCCACUUUGUAUGGCUGAAAGCCGGACGUCUUGGCGAGAUACAACUGCCGGAAGCGGCAUGCAACUUCAGCAUGUACAGACUCUCAUCGACAAGUUGAACAAAGACAACUAUGUUGUAAGCUUGGAAAUGAUCGAACCGUUUCUGGUAAACGAAGCGAACACGGAUCUUUACGAGCAAUCCAUGAAGCGAAUUUACCAUAAAGCACACAAUAUGGGUCUUCCGAUUCCUGACAACUACGCACAAGAUCCAUCUCGCCCACCGUUCUCUCUACACGGAGACGACUCGUUGGACAAAACAGCUGGCAGUGGUAUGCAGCUUCAGCAUGUGGAACUCCUCAUCAGCCAUCUCUCGGACGACAACUUUGACGUUAGUUUGGAAAUGAUUGAGCCCUUUUUGCUCAAUGAAGCCAGCCCCGCUACUUUGCAGCGUUCUGUUGAAGAGAUCAAACAAAAGGCGGAAAAGCUUGGCAAGGAGGUCCCGGAAAGCUUCGCGAAAAGACCGUAGGCUGAUAGCACUUGAAAAUUCUUAGUUUCACUCUGGACUUGGGAUACAUGCGAAAGCGACAGCAAGCAAGGCGACGUAUGUCCUUUUAUCUUCCCACUGCAUGUAGAAGGCAACAGCUCGAAUUCGACUUGCUGUUCACGUCUGAUUACGUAUAGAAUAGCACUUGACAGUCCAGUCCGUUUAAGGAUAUAGUUCAGUAUGCUCCUCUUUUCUCGAUUUCGUGCAAACGUAGCGUUUUUCUCAGUUUUGCAUUACCCAUUGCUUACUG